AUGGGGGGUUCAUCGGAUAGGGAGACCAAGUUCUUGCAAGAAUUGAUAUUGUACGCGGCGAGUGCGGCUUUGAGUUGCUUGGUUUUGUUCGCGGGGCUCCGGCAUCUCGACCCGAACCGUGAAGCCUCCAAGAAGGCUAUGGAGCACAAGAAGGAAAUUGCUAAGCGCCUUGGUCGUCCUCUUAUCCACACCAAUUCUUACGAGGAUGUUAUAGCUUGUGAUGUUAUAAACCCUGACCACAUUGAAGUAGAAUUUGAAUCUAUCGGAGGACUGGAGUCUAUAAAGCAAUCCUUAUUUGAACUGGUGAUCCUUCCACUAAGGAGGCCUGAUCUGUUUUGCCAUGGGAAGCUCCUUGGUCCACAAAAAGGAGUGUUGUUGUAUGGACCACCCGGUACUGGGAAGACUAUGCUUGCCAAAGCUAUUGCAAAGGAGUCUGGAGCUGUUUUCAUCAAUGUGAGGAUAUCAAAUCUGAUGAGCAAAUGGUUUGGUGAUGCACAAAAACUUGUUGCUGCUGUAUUUAGCUUGGCUUAUAAACUCCAGCCUGCUAUCAUAUUUAUUGAUGAGGUUGAUAGUUUCUUGGGUCAGCGCCGAACUACAGAUCAUGAAGCAUUAACAAACAUGAAAACUGAGUUCAUGGCUUUAUGGGAUGGCUUUACUACAGAUCAGAAUGCUCGAGUUAUGGUUCUUGCUGCUACUAAUCGUCCAUCAGAACUUGAUGAAGCAAUACUUCGGCGUCUUCCUCAGGCCUUUGAGAUCGGGUAUCCCGAUCAAAGGGAGAGGGCAGAGAUACUAAAGGUGAUUUUGAAGGGGGAGAGAGUUGAAGACAAUAUUGAUUAUGACCAUAUAGCUGGCUUGACUGACGGUUACACAGGUUCAGAUCUACUUGAGCUUUGCAAGAAAGCAGCUUAUUUCCCUAUCAGAGACCUCCUAGAUGAAGAAAAGAGUGGAAAAAGAUCUUCUGCACCAAGGCCAUUAGCACAGUCAGAUUUGGAGCAUGUUCUUGCAACGUCCAGGCAUACAAAGGUUGCUGCAAAUGACUACACUGGGUUGAACUCAUCACAAUUGUCACCAGGGUGGUCGAUGAACAGAGACACUGGCGAUUAUCAACCAGUUCCAGCUGCAAUUAACGAGCUCUCAAGGCUAGUGGUUUCCCACAUCUUGAAUAUUCAAACCGAUGCCCAGGACCCUUAA